AUGGAAUUAAAGUUUGUGUUUGAGCAGAAAAUGAAAGAGAAAUUGAAGUUGAAAUGAGACUUGGAUUCCUCUUCUUAUCUUCUUCUUCUUCGUCAGUAGUUGGAUCCUCCAUUUCUCGGUCCAUCGUACGGCCUGCACCCUCGCUCCUGCUCCAUCGUCCCUUUCACUUCAUCCCAAAUCGUACAACCACUAACAGCAACCGAUUCCAAUUUUCACCACGUACAACUCUCACUGCAUCAGCUUCUUCCAUGGCUUCCACUUUCAAGCCCGAACAAGCUAGGGUUCCUCCUGCUCUCCAAUUGCCCUCUCCUCCCAUCACUAAGUUUAAGAUUGGGCUAUGUCAAUUAUCGGUGACGGCAGAUAAGGAAAGGAAUAUUGUUCAUGCGCGAGCAGCAAUUGAGGAGGCUGCUGAGAAGGGGGCUAAGCUUGUUGUUUUGCCUGAAAUAUGGAAUAGUCCAUAUUCAAAUGAUAGCUUCCCAAUUUAUGCUGAAGACAUUGAUGCUGGUCCUGAUGCAUCCCCGUCAACUGCCAUGCUCUCUGAAGCAGCUCGACUUCUGAAGAUUACAAUAGUGGGAGGCUCUAUACCUGAACGCAGUGGGGACAAGCUGUAUAAUACUUGCUGCAUCUUUGAUGCUGAUGGAAAGUUGAAAGCUAAGCACAGAAAGAUACAUCUUUUUGACAUUGAUAUUCCUGGUAAAAUAACCUUUAAGGAAUCACAGACGCUUACUGCAGGAGAGACUCCAACUGUCGUGGAUACAGAGGUUGGCCGAAUUGGUAUAGGGAUCUGCUAUGACAUUCGCUUUCAGGAAUUGGCCAUGCUAUAUGCAGCAAGAGGGGCUCAUCUGAUCUGCUAUCCUGGGGCGUUCAACAUGACUACUGGACCACUGCACUGGGAGUUACUGCAAAGGGCAAGGGCAGUUGAUAAUCAGCUAUAUGUUGCAACAUGUGCACCUGCUCGAGACGUUGGUGGUGGAUAUGUGGCUUGGGGGCAUUCCACACUAAUUGGACCAUUUGGAGAAGUGCUGGCUACAACUGAACAUGACGAGGCAAUUAUCAUCUCGGAGAUUGACUAUUCACAAAUUGAUCUGAGGAGGACAAACCUUCCAUUAGAGAAGCAAAGACGAGGUGAUCUUUACCAGUUGGUAGAUGUACAGAGGUCGAGUUAUCAGUAAGGCUAGUUUUAUGAAAUAAGGAGUCUGAUGUUAGUACAGUGGUGGAGUUCCCAGAAUUGAAGAUCCAUUCAACAGAAACUGGGAUCAGAUCUAGAAAAUAAGAGGAUUGUCCAUUUUUCGAUAGUGGUUGAUGUUCAGCAUUCUAUUCAAUCAUCCUUAAUUUAAUCUCCUAGUUUGGGUUUGCAAAUAACAACAUAACCUUGUGCAGAAGGUGGAUUUAAUGCCUAAACGAGAAUGACAUCUAGUAAUCUGUUGCAACUGUUCAUGUAUUAUCUAUUACACUGGUGAUUGGUCUGAUAUCAACAUCAAUCUCCAGUUAAUGUUAUAAACAGGAAGUUAAGAUGAAAAGGAAACUUGUUCCUGAACUUGGAACAGUUAAUAAUCUCCAGGAGACAUGUGUAUUCAGGGAUGUAACAAUGUUAUUGUUCUUUAGACAU